GCGCUGGCCUCUUUGGUCCCUGUGCUGGUCGCGUUCUUUCCGACCUGACAGACCAGGGAGUGAAUGAAUUGUACCUCGACUCGGACGAAGCCUUCGAUGGCAGCGUGGACGCCUGCGCGCUGCGGGCUUUUCAGGUGCACGCCAAGUAUUUCACCAUUGGAAACGAGAACAAUGCGGCCUCGGUUUGCUGCGCGGUGUACCUGACAGACGCGACGCACAACGGUAC